AUGCUCAGCAACCAUAACACGCACAACGAGGACCAGGACUCGCAGCCAGUCCCAAAUGGCCGGCCGCUACCGCCGAAUCACCAUAGGCCACCUGGCCAGGCAACAUCUGCGCGCAUGGGCAACGUGAACGGGGAGAUCACCACGCCAUCGGCGGCAAAUGCGAACCCCUCCCCAUACCCGUCAUCCGCACACCAGGCUCAGGGAGUUAAUCCAUUUGCGAGCCUUCCACCACGCUACCAACAGGAGUUGCUCGCUAGACUGCGUGCUUAUCAACGGCGCGCUCAGCCGCCGCGUCCGCGUCCGCCGAAUCACCAGGCUGGGCGCCGACGAAUGCCACGACUACCUCCGGCGAUCGCACCACCUCUCAUCACAACCGGGCCGGUAGGCGCUCCGGCUGGCCCGAUAUCACUUUCCGACAUACAUCCCAUCGCGGGCCGACCGCGCGUGCAGGGACCGCCCUGGCAACAGGCGGAGCGCGUCGUGCGCCGCCACGGCGCGAUCGUGGCCGUGUACAACGCGGAGAGCGGGUACAUGGACCUGGGGUUGCUGCUGGGCGCGCUCGGCGUCUCGUACGAGGUAGCCCAGCGCGUGCUCAGCUACAUCGUCCCGAUGCGGCGCGUGGUGAUGCGCCGCGGCCCCGCCGGCCGGUCGAGCAUCUGGGCGACGGUGGACGACGCACUCGACGCCAUCGAUCGGUACAACUUGUACGAGCACCCGCGGCUUCCCGCGUGGGCGCGCGACGUUGUGGUGGUGGCCAGACAGGGAGUCGAGCCGUUGGCACUGGGAGGUGCGGGGGGCCCGCCUGUUACGAACGGGUUUCCGACUUAA